AUGUUUGGUGCUCCUAUUUCAUCUGCUUCUCUUAUACAACCUGUUGGAGUGGCGGACGUGAACCUGGCUGUGUACAAGUUCGGCGUCUCCCAGGUGGUCCGCUCCUCCCUCCCGGGCCUCGCCGCCGGCGACCUCGUGCGGGGUAUCACGGGGUGGGAGGACUACAGCGUCAUCAAGCCGCCCUACACGGGGCUCCUCGCCAAGAUCCAACCCGACCACCACGGCGUGCCGCUGUCCUACUACACGGGCAUCCUGGGCAUGCCGGGCCUCACCGCCUACGUGGGGUUCCACCACAUCUGCUCCCCGAAGGCCGGCGAGACGGUGUUCGUGUCCGCCGCCUCCGGCGCCGUGGGCCAGCUGGUGGGGCAGUUCGCGAGGCUCGCGGGGUGCCGCGUCGUCGGCAGCGCCGGGUCGGACGAGAAGGUGGAGCUGAUCAAGAGCAAGUUCGGCUUCCACGACGCGUUCAACUACAAGGCCGAGGACGGCGACCUCGCCGGCGCGCUGAAACAACGCUUCCCGGAGGGCAUCGACGUCUACUUCGAGAACGUGGGCAGGAAGAUGCUCGAGGCGGUGCUGCUCAACAUGAGGACGCACGGCCGCAUCGCCGUGUGCGGGCUCAUCUCGCAGUACAACCUCACGCCGGGGGAGAAGGAGGGCGGCGCCGGCGUGCGCAACCUGGAGUGCAUCGUCACCAAGAGGAUCCGGAUGCAGGGGUUCAUCGAGCCCGACCACAAGCACGUGUACCUGGAGUACGAGGCCUGGGUGGUGCCGCACAUCAGGGAAGGCAGGGUCGUCUACGUCGAGGACGUCGCCGAGGGGCUGGAGGCCGCGCCCAGGGCGCUCAUCGGACUCUUCCAUGGCCGCAACGUCGGCAAGCAGGUCGUCAGCAUCGCUACACCACAGGCUUAGUUAGCGCGCUCAUGAAUCAUUCAGAGUUUGUAAAUCGAUCGUGAAUCGGCAAUAAACAAAUCAUUCAGAGAUUGUCCCUAGUUUGAGGUCCCAUCGGAACUAAGUUGUGGUCAUUUUGAUACUUUGUGUGAGAGCAUAAGAAAAUGGAAUUUGACAUUUUGUAUG